CGAUUCCUUAUAAAAAAUUGUGUUUAAAAAGUGAUAAUCUACGCUACGCUGGAAGUUUGCCGUUUUACCACAGUCCUGUAACAGUGUAACACCUGCAGUAUCAAAGCAUAUGGUAUCUAAACACGGUUUGAUCUAUUAUUAUCUCGGUGCUUGUGAAGAAUUUUACUUAUAAAGAUAUUUUUUAAGUACAGGUUUUACAUUUUUUCUAGUUCUUAUUUACUUUAGCUAUAUAUAUUCAGUUUUGUUUUAGUGCCCCAAACAUGCAAUCUAACACAACAAGCAUGCCAUUAAACACCCUGAACAAACAACCCAUUACUCCAAUAAUGAAAUCAAAAACUCAAAGCAUGCAAUCAAACACCCCAUUCAACACCACAGGCUUGCCAUUCAGUAUUCAAAGCAUGUCACCAAACUAUCUAAAAAAUCAUCUUGGUGUCCCAAAUAUGCAACCGUAUACUCCAAGCAUGCAAUCCACAGAAUCCAACACCCAAAGCUUGCCAUUUAUCUCAAACUUUCAGACCAACAUUACAGGCAUGUCAUCAAAUACCCAAAGCAUGCCAUUCGGACGUCCAAACAUACAGUCAAAUACCCCAGCAAGAAUGCUAUAUACUGAAAACAGCACCUUAAACAUGCAGUCCAGCACCAAUCGACGAGCACGACGUGAAAACUUUACAAGGGCCGAAGAAGAUACAUUGUAUCGGAUCAUAAAUUGCCCUUAUCGUCAAUUCAAGGAUGUGCUUGCAAUAAAGCGUAAUGAUAGCAUCACUGCUGCCUUAAAACUAAACAAUUGGCAGCUAAUUACCAAACUGUUUAAUUAUGCAACAACAGGCAAAGCACGCAGUGUGGAAAACCUGAAACGUAAAUGGCGAAAUAUGGCAGCACGGAAGAUGAAAAAUUAUGAUGAGGGAUCAGAAUGUAACACAACUGCUCAAUCAAUGUGUGAACAAGUAUUACCACAAACUGCCUCUUCUGUUACAUCAACCUUUGUACCUGUUUCAGUGCCUGUGUCCACUGUUCAUCUUGAAGAAUCUCUGGGACCUCCUAAGCUUAUUGAUGAAGAUGAUUUACAUCCAUUAAAGAUACAUGAAGUACCAGAUGUGAAUAAUUUUGAAUCUGUAAAAGAGAAGAGUCAACUAAAAAAAGAAAAAGGUUUUAAAGAAGUUUGUGUUUCAGAAGCAAUUUUAACAAGUGUAAAUGGUUUAUUAGAAUCUACAGAAAAAGCUGAUGACACCACAGAUUCACAACAAGAGCAAAGUUUGACAUCUUUAGAAUCUGUGCAAGAAGAGAAAGCAACUUCUGCUCAAAAUUCAGCAGUUGAAUCAAACCAGGAAGAAAUUGAAAUUUCAGAAUCUACAAGUGUACAGCAGCAGUGGAGUGAAUAUGAAUCAGAGGAAGGUUUGCACACAAAUAUCUGGAAGAUGGAAGAUUAUGACAAGGCCUAUAAUAGAAAGCAGGAAGAACUUUUAAUGGCAAAAAGAGAAAAAGAAAUUGCAACCCUUGAGUUAGAGCGACAGAAAUAUGAAGCAGAGAUUAAGACACUGAAGAUGAAAUGUGAGGCAAUAGAUGUAAUGCAUGAGAUUGACCUGCAGAAACAUGAGCAUGAAAUUGCACUUUUAAGAUUGAGGAAAAAAGCUGAUGGAGAAAUGUAUGCAAGGCAACAGCAAACAUAUCAAGACAGGCAGAAAUCAUUGGAAAACAUUAGGACAAGGGCAGAAGAAAGAGAUAUGCAGACAAGAAAAAUAGAGGUAGGGCAAUAUCAGUCACAGUUUCGGAGAAUUGAACAGAAUGGACUUUACAAUAUUAGGAUUGUAGGUGACCAGCAUUAAUCUGAAGACUUGGUGGUCCCCCUUAAAACAAAAGAAUAUACUAAAAUAUUAUCCAACAAUAGUGAUAUUUAUAUUGCAUUUGUUUUUUUUUAUUGUGUUCGUUCUUUGAAUUCUUUGUGUUUUUGUUAUGCUGUGAUUGUUUAGCGUUAUCAAGAUGGAAAUUUCUUUGUACAAA